AUGAUCCUCCCCGUGCACUGCUACACCUGUUGCAAGGUCCUGGGCAACAAGCGGGUACCCUACCUGGAGCUGCUGAAAGCCGAGUAUGCCAAGGGGGACGCCCUGGAUGCCCUGGGCCUGAAGCGCUACUGCUGCCGCUGCAUGCUGCUGUUCCUUGUGGACCUGAUCAAGAAACUGCUCAACUACGCGCACCAAGAGAAGUGA